UUCUGCCAAACAAAAUCAUCAAACAAACGCAACCCAACCUACUAUUCUCAUCCAAAAAUAUUCACAAAAACAGCAUAAACUCUCUCUCUCUCUCUCUCUCUCUCUCUCUCUCUCUAUCUUUGUCUGGGAUUUAACUAAACGCCAUGUCCAAACAGUCCUACAAAGUAUGUUUCUGUUUCCGCCGACGGUUCAGAUUGACGGUGUCGGAAGCACCGCAGACGAUCAAAAAGUUGUUCGAACAGUACUCGGAGAAUGGGAUCAUGAACGCCGAUCACUUCCUCAGUUUCUUGGUCGAAGAGCAGAAGGAAGACAAGGUCACCAAAGAAGAUGCCCAGACAAUCAUCGAAAACGCUCUUCGGGAGCUCAGGCACCUCCCUAUCUUCCAUCGCAAAGUUUUCAAUCUCGAAGCUUUCUUCAAGUACCUUUUCAGUGAUAGUAACCCACCUCUCUCAACUUCUCCUGGGGUGCACCAUGAUAUGACUGCUCCUUUGUCCCAUUAUUACAUAUACACAGGGCAUAAUUCUUAUCUGACUGGGAAUCAGCUGAGCAGUGAUUGCAGCGAUGUGCCAAUUAUACAUGCAUUGCAGAGGGGAGUGAGAGUGAUUGAGUUGGAUAUUUGGCCCAAUUCUACCAAAGACAAUGUGGAAGUUCUUCACGGAAGGACAUUGACUACACCGGUGGAACUCAUUAAAUGUUUUAGAUCUAUCAAGGAGCAUGCCUUUGUUGCAUCUGAAUAUCCUGUUGUAAUAACUCUAGAAGAUCAUCUUACUCCAGAUCUUCAAGCUAAAGUGGCUGAGAUGGUCACUCAAACUUUUGGAGACAUACUGUUUACUCCUGGCUCAGACUGCUUGAACGAAUUUCCUUCCCCAGAAUCACUCAAGAGAAGGAUCAUUAUAUCGACCAAACCACCUAAGGAAUACCUUGAGAGCAAAGAAAUCAAGGAUAAUAGAAGUGAAUCACAGAAAGAAAAGCCUGUUGGUGAUGAAGAAGCAUGGGGAAGAGAAGUAGAAGACCCAAAAGGCCGUGUCAAGAAUGAUUUGGAUGAAGAAGAUAGUAAUGACUAUGAGGAAGAUCUUGAUGAUGGUGAUCUCAAGUCCCAGCAUGUUGAACCACCUGAAUACAAAGGUCUAAUUGCUAUUCAUGCUGGAAAGCCUAAAGGUGGAUUGGAGGAGUGUCUCAAGGUUGAUCCUAACAAGGUGCGACGUCUUAGCAUGAGCGAGCAACAGCUUGAGAAAGCAGCAGAAACUCAUGGAAAAGAAAUUGUCAGGUUUACCCAGCGGAAUAUUCUGAGGGUUUAUCCAAAGGGUACACGUGUUGACUCCUCAAAUUAUAACCCCAUGAUUGGGUGGAUGCAUGGAGCUCAAAUGGUUGCCUUUAAUAUGCAGGGAUAUGGGAGAUCCCUAUGGUUGAUGCAUGGAAUGUUCAAAGCUAAUGGCGGGUGUGGUUAUGUGAAGAAACCAGAGUUUUUGUUGAAGACUGGUCCACAUAAUGAGGUCUUUGAUCCGAAAGCUAAGUUACCUGUUAAAACAACUUUAAAGGUGAGCAUAUAUAUGGGUGAAGGAUGGUAUUAUGAUUUCAAGCAUACACAUUUUGAUGCAUAUUCCCCUCCAGAUUUUUAUGCAAGGGUAGGUAUUGCUGGAGUCCCUGCAGAUACUGAUAUGAAGAAAACAAGGACACUAGAAGACAACUGGGCACCAUCCUGGAAUGAGGAAUUUCAAUUCCCAUUAACUGUUCCAGAACUGGCUUUGCUUCGUAUCGAAGUUCAUGAGUACGACAUGUCAGAAAAGGAUGAUUUUGGAGGCCAAACAUGCCUACCUGUGUCAGAGCUUAAAAAAGGGAUACGGGCAGUUUCACUGAGUAGCCGUAAGGGGGAUCAGUACAAUUCUGUAAAGCUUCUUAUGAGAUUUGAUUUUGUUUGAAUUCAGUUUCUGGUGAAAAACUGAAGGAGUACAAUGUUGUAUAGUGUUUUCUUUUAUUCUUAUUAUUUUUUUGUGAGCUUGUCUGUGUGUAUGUAAAUGCUUAAGUGUGACACCAUAUUGUAAUUGCUCUGCUGUUUUGGAGUUGUGGUGUGGGAAGCUGGCAGUAUUCCUUAUUCAUGUAAGCGUUAGAACAAACUGUCGUAUUCAUAAUAAAUUAUGAGCUGUUAUUUCUGGCUCAUUUCGAUGCUA